AUGCUGUCUUCAAAGCCCAUGGACCCUAUCGUCCACCACUCUACUCAGCCGGACCAAGGUCGACAGGGUGCUGAUGUCGUACACCUCGCAACACAGACCAACAAUAUGACUCUUAGAGAAGACUCGACCGCUCCUGGCUACACGGCUGUCCACAGCAACCGCGCCGACCAGUCUGCAUCUGCUACAUUCUCUGCCGUGCCAACACCCGUUCAAAGAACGAAUGCGUUCGCCCUCUCAUCUCCUUUGCAGAUGGCUUCUCCUGGCACCACAGCAAGUAUCGGCUCUGCUAAUGUCAACGGCAUCGUCUCUGGCCCAGUCGAUCCUAUCACCGGUCCCAGUGCUUCAGCUGCCAAGAUUCGAUCCUACAACCUCAGGCAGAUGGGACUCAGCGAGCGUGCAGACCACUCUGGCGUCGCAACACCCAUCGGUACUGGCGGCUCCUCGGCUCACUCGCAGCCAUCUCAUGAAUCUACUUCUGAGUCCAUCUCACCCGUCAUCAGUGCGUCUCAGGCGCAGCAGCGAUCUGGUCUCAACAAGGUGCUCAGUGGUGCUAUGACCGGUACCUCCUUCCAGCCCGUGCAAGGAGCCGGUGCCAGUGGUCUCGCUUCUGCGCGUGGUGUCGAUGGAUCCAGUGACUCUACCAGCACUCCUCCGCAGUUCAUCUUCCCCAAGCUCGGCUCUCGUCGUAACGCCGAGCGAGUCGGCAGCAGUGGUGGACGAAAGCACAGCGACGGUGGCAGCGGUACAGCUUCUCCCUCCGACAACGACGUUCACGGCAAGAAGAAAAAAGACAAGGAACACUCUACGCAUCAUCACAACCCGCUCACCGAUCUGCGCAAGUUCCUGCAGAACCACAUCGGACACCACAACAGCGAUUCUCGCAGCGACAGCAGCCGUUCUGGUGUUGCCACGCCCAAACGACACGACAAGGACUCCCCCCCGCUCGGUGAAGACCACGCUCACUUGGCCAAGAAGUAUGGAAAGUGGGGCAAAGUGCUUGGUUCGGGAGCUGGUGGUACGGUGCGUCUCAUCAAGCGAUCCAAAGAUCACACCGUGUUUGCCGUCAAAGAGUUCCGCCAGCGACGACCGGGAGAGAACGAGAAGGAGUACAUCAAGAAGGUCACUGCCGAGUUCUGCAUCGGUAGCACGCUGCACCAUAUCAACAUUAUCGAGACCAUCGACAUUAUCUCUGACCACGGCCACUACUACGAGGUGAUGGAGUAUGCUCCUUACGACCUUUUCAGUGUGGUGAUGAGCGGCAAGAUGUGCAGACAGGAGAUCUACUGUGUGUUCCGACAGAUCUGCGAUGGUGUCGAUUACCUCCAUUCCAUGGGCCUUGCUCACCGAGAUCUGAAGCUCGACAACUGCGUCAUGACUACAGGUCACGUUGUCAAGCUCAUCGACUUCGGUACUGCCACUGUCUUCCAUUCUCCAGGCAAGAGCAAGGUGGUUGCAACGGGAGUGGUGGGCUCGGAUCCAUACUUGGCACCCGAAGUGUUGUCGCAGCAGACCUACGAUCCAAGGUUGACGGAUGUUUGGAGUUGUGCCAUCAUCUUCCUGUGUAUGAUUCUUCGAAGAUUCCCGUGGAAAUUGCCGGACAUGAAGACCGAUCCAAGCUUCAGGCUGUUCGUCACUUCGCAUCCGGAGUUGUGCAAACCUCCAUCUUCGGAGCCUGCCAAGAGUCAUAGCGAGGGACCAAGCAGGCAGAGUAGUACACCCGCGUCAAGUAUCAUGGCUAGUCGUGUCACCUCGAGCGACCAUGUUUCGCAGCUUCGAAAGACACUUGGUAUGUCGACGAUCGAUAAUGAUGACAGUGCUACGCCCCAGAUCCGAUCCGCACAAGAGGCUGGGUACAUGACACCACACUUGAUUCACUCCAACCCGCAAUCGCCUUCGCUCAGCGACACUUUCGAUGGCAGCAAGAUUUUGGGUAGUGAGGAUGGGAAUGAGGGAGCAGCGAUGGCCAGUCCUCAUGCGAUGUCGCCUACUGUUUCUUCGCCCAGUUCGACGCUUGCGGAUGAUCCGACGCCCCAUCCAGAGGGUGGUAGCGAAGGUGCUUUCGACGACAUUCGUCCGCAUGCUCAUCGCAGUGAUAGCGUCUCUUCUGCUUCUUCUCAGACCACCUUCACUUCGGGUGCGGCGGAUAGCAUCUUCCGUCUUCUCCCACGUGAGACCCGUUCGGCUCUAUCGCGCAUGAUGGCUGUCGAACCAUCUCUCCGAUGCACACUUGGCGAUCUUCUCCGUGGCCGAAGAUUCAGCGACACGGAUAGCCCCCUCACCCGCACCCCUGUCAUGUCGAGAUCCAACUCCACGGAUAUUCUCCGUUCCGCCAUCGACGGUGCUCACGCCAAAGCCCACCCUCAUCACCACACCACCGAUGGCUCUAUUUCACCACGUGGAAGUGCGUUCGACGGUGGAAUUAGUAAAGACGCCCAUGCGGCAGGAUUGGGUUCGAUCGGAUUGGCCGAAUUUGAGGAUGACGACGAUAAGGGCGAUGAGUGGUUGAAGAACAUUAGGACUUGCGCGCAUAUCAUGAAGGAUGGAAGGCCGGGUGAACAGCCUGAUCAUCCUCAUGUCAAGGUGAUGAGCGAGGAGAGUAAGAGGAAGCAUAGUCUUUUCCAUCGCAAGGAUUAA